AUGCAUGGGCGCGCUUUCGUUCUUCCUCGUCGUCUUAUAGUCUUGCUCAGGUGCUGAUGGGGGCUUUUUUGACUGUUUUGCAGCGUCAAAUGCGUGGUUUUGUCGGACCUCGGCGGUCAUCUGGUUGACUUGUAAACACCAUCAUCAAGCUGUGCAGCCGGGAGUCGCUAUGCUGACCACCAUAACAGAAGGAAUUCUUUGUUGCUUAACCGGGAAAGCCGCCCGUCUAGUUUUGCCCUUGGAGUCGACAGAGCCCUCCGAUGGUUUUGAGUUUGUGGAGGUGAAACCCGGACGAGUCUUGAGAGUGCGGCACAUCGUCCCCGAGCGCCAGCCUGUCGCAGACGACGAGCACACCGCGGCCGGGGAGCAGAAAGCCGCUGAUCACGACGAGAAUAAAAAUGACAGCAGCGGCGGCGGUGUCCACUGCAAAAGAAAGAUCACGGUGUAUCGGAAUGGCCAACUGGUGAUUGAGAAUCUUGGCGACGUUUUGCACUCUGAAAUCCUUCAGUGUCAGGAUGGCGAUUUGGAACCAUGCAGUACUGUAGAGGUGGAGCUAGCUGACUAUAAAGAAUUGGCCUCUUCUCCAGACCCAAACCCGGUUCCCCCUCCUGUCCCUCCAACUCCUGGUGAGCAAAAGCCCGCCCCGCCUCCUCGCCGCCGACGCCGGAAGCCCAAGCGCACCGUGCUGAUCGACUCCAAGAGGGUGAUCUCCAGCUGCAAGGGGACCCACUCGGACGUGGCGCUGUUCUUCGUGCACGGUGUCGGAGGCUCGUUGGACAUAUGGAGCAGCCAGUUGGACUUCUUCUCUCGACUGGGCUAUGAGGUCAUCGCACCGGACUUGGCGGGGCAUGGAGCCAGCACAGCCCCGCAGAUUGCAGCAGCCUACACGUUUUACGCCUUGGCAGAGGACCUGCGUGCCAUCUUCAAGAGAUAUGCUCGUAAACGCAACAUUCUCAUUGGUCACUCUUACGGAGUGUCGUUUUGCACCUUUCUGGCCCACGAAUAUCCUGACCUGGUCCACAAGGUGGUCAUGAUCAAUGGAGGAGGUCCUACAGCCUUGGAGCCCAGCCUCUGUUCCAUUUUCCAACUGCCAUCAUGUGUCCUCCACUGUCUGUCCCCUUGUCUGGCCUGGAGUUUCCUCAAAGCUGGAUUUGCCCAUCAGGGUGCCAAAGAAAAGCAGCUGUUGAAGCAGGGCAACGCCUUCAACGUGUCUCCAUUUGUACUGCGCGCCAUGAUGAGCGGCCAAUACUGGCCUGAGGGCGAUGAGGUUUACCACGCUGAGCUCACCGUGCCCAUUCUUCUGGUGCAUGGCAUGUGCGACAAGUUUGUGCCCAUGGACGAGGAUCAGCGCAUGGCGGAGAUCCUCCUGUUUGCCUUCCUCAAAGUCAUCGAGGAAGGAAGUCACAUGGUGAUGAUGGAGUGUCCCGACACUGUCAACACGCUCCUUCACGAGUUCUUUCUAUGGGAGCCCGACGUGUCCGCAAAAGUCACCAGCAAGACAGAGACCGAGAAGUCCACCGCAUUCAGUGACGCACUUCACACGCUGAGAAUCAACAAGUCCGUGGACAAAUAACCAGCAAGGAUUUGAGGUUCUGGUCACAGAAUUCAGCAGAACAGCCUUUUUUUUUUUUGUGGCUGUCAUCAAAAUGUUCUUCAGGCUGCUUCCGGGCUGAGAGCUGUUACAUAAAAGGCCACGUCUCGAGGAUGAGGGCGGCCGCUGGUGCUCUGAGAUAAAAGCUGGAAUACUGGCACGCUGCCAACCGGAGAACCAUAACUGCGCAUCAAGUUGAGAUGAACCGAUGCAAAUAUGGACUCGAUGUGCAUUUUUACUUAUUCCUACUUUUGUGCACACAAGCAAAGGUCAGGACCACUACUGCAAGUCAUGAACGUGUGUUGUGUUCCUCAGAAAGAACGACGACAUGCAAAAAGUCAUGAAAUGUGUGGAUUUCCUUGCCUGCAUCUUUUAUAAUGCGUGAAAUGCUGCAAAUGCAAAUAUUAUCGACUCACUCAAAUUUACAUUUGCAGUAUGUCCAGUGAAAUUCCUGGAUGAACGAUUUUGGGAUUGGGACUGAAAGAUAUGCAACACUUAUCGUACACACAAACGCAGACAUAUAUUAUAACUCAUAUACUAAACAAUGUAUCAUAUUUUUUAAUCCAAGACUCACAGCUGUUGCUGUUUAAAUUGGUCUUAUUUCCACAUAUCGACACUGUUGGGUGGAAACUAAAUAUGAUCAAUUUCAUAUUUUUCCAAAAAAAUGGAUAUUACUGGUCAGUCCUCAUGUGGGUCUGUUAUUUUUACAAAAUAUUAACCAAUAUAAAGUGUUGAAAACAGCGUGCUCUCUUAUGGUGUUUAAUAAUUAAAAUAAAAUAUGCUCUUUUUUUUAAUGUCCUGGAAAAAAAAACAUGGUUUUGCAAGGAUUAUGUCUGACAGCCAAAACCAAAAAGCUAUGUGUAUAUGGUAUUGACCACAAAGUUGCAUGAAUAUUUAGCAGGCAUCUACAAAACAUGCUGUAUAUACAUAAACAAAUAUAAAUCUUAAUUUCUUCAGUAUUUUGUAUGAUACAACAGGAUAUCCAAAGAAUCUAAAGGAAAGUACAGAACACAAUAACUGGAUUAGAGUGGGUUUCCUCUGGAAUCAGACCGAGUCCCUCUGUAUAAAUGUACAGUUGUGCCUUGAGAUAACGAGUGACCCGAGUUUUUCGAGACACAACCUGUUGUUUUUCAGCUGUUUGCUUUUUCUUUCUUUUUUUUUAUGCUUUGACUUACAAGCAAUAAUUUGAGAUACGAGCACUGUAUGGUGGCAGUGAACGCAAUUCACUUCACAAGCAGAAGUUUGGGAGAUACACUAUAUAGUACUUAAAAAAAAAAAAAAGAAGAAGUUUCAAGCAGUUUAAUGCCAGUCCCCCAUUUACUGUCCAACUAACCAAAACAAAGAGAAGUACAUGUUGGGUAUUUAACAAAUGGACAGCAGGAUAAAUGCUCUUGCAAUGUUGUACACAUCAGCUACUGUGUUUAAACUCAAACAGUUCAUCAACCCACACAGGCAGAUAAAUAAUACUCAUUGACAUAUAUUCUUUAUCCUCUGCGAAGAACAACUAAUACUACUGGGACUUGCUGAAAGACUGUAACCUUCUCCAUGUAUAUCUGUAUGUUUGUAAUAUGCAGCAGCCAUCUGGCCGAGCCGUGCACACCAAAUGGAGCAGCAAUAUAAUGAUACUGAAGGACACAUAUUCUUUAUCCUCUGCGCCGAACAACUGAUAUUACUGUAUUUUACAGAGUACCUGACUGUCUCUGUGUAUGUAUUGUUGAAGAAAUGUGGGAUGUUCCUAUUCCCCCAGGGCCGAUGCACCAAAAUUACGAGAAUAUUCAGAAUACACUGGAGGAACAAUAUAACAAUACUCAUGGGCAUGCAGUAUAGUCUUUAUCCUCUGCAAAGAAAAAACAAAAAAUGAUUGAGCCGCAAAUAAUUAGUUAUGACAUACAAACUGUUUGAUUCUUUAAAUUAUAAUUCGUUUCGUUAUUCGUUUAUGUUUUUAAAAAGUAAAAUGUUGCAGACUGUUGUUUUCCUUUUUAGAACACAUUGCAAAUAAUCUGGAAAAAAAUACUCAUAAUUCCAUUUAUUUCAAGUGGAAAGUGAUUUGAGAUACCCAUGUUUGGGAUUAACGGAACAUAUUAAGGUCACAUCUCAAGGCACCACUGUAUUUUUGAAUUUAUUCUAAAAUAUCACAAGAUGCCGUGGUUGAAUAAUUUGUAAUCGCAACGAUCGCUUAAAGCUUUUAUGUCUUUUCGGGCAUGAAUGCAAACUCUCCAGUCCGCCCAGUUGGUGGCAAGCAGAAAGAAUGAUCUCAGCAUUUUACUCACUCAAAGACAUUCAUUCAUGGGUGUUGCUUUGUCUCAUAGUGGGACACUUAAGUACGAGUUAAAGCACAGUCUUUUAACAUCUCUGACCAGAGUUACAGUAUGACAGAAGGUGUGAAAUGAUGGCGUUGAAACUGGUUGUACAGUGCUUCAGAUCAAAUCCAAGUCAACCAAAACAGAACUUGGUUCUCUUUAAAAGAUGGACGAACACAAUGCUGCUUUGUUGUACAGUACAGUACAGUAUAUGUGCAGUAUUUUGAAAGAGAGUGGAUGCAACAAGGAUAGUUUUAUAAAACCAGAGUAAAAUCGAGUUGAGAGGAACUAAAUUAACCCAGCAUUGAUGCCUCUAAAUAUUACAUCAUUUCUAUAUGGACUUCCCCCCAAAAACAACAAUGCUACUCAUGUAAUGUUCUGUGCUAUAUGUCUAUUUUGAUGUUAAAGGUCAGUAAAACUCUAUGGACUACAGGGUGCACAUGUAUUUCAUCCUCUGCUACAAGUGUGCAUACUUAUUGUCAAGUGAUUCAGUGUGCGCUAUCUUCUUGCGAUUAACAAAAUGUGUCAAUGGUAUUAUUGCAUUUAUUCAUGAGAGUCAUAAGAUAUGCACUGCUUGAAUGUGGAUGCAUAUAACAGCAUAUAGCAAUUCCACACAAGUCCGAGUCACUG